CCCUGUUGGUGUUUUUUUCUAGACUGUGUGGCAACUCCCUUGUUUUUCUCGGCUGACGAAAAAUUUGACCGAAAUAAAUCAAUUAAAUUGAAAGUGUCGUGAAAAGCAAAUUCACAGUGAAAAAGGUGCAAGGUGUCAGGCUAAAAAAGCCGUGCUUUACAAGGCUUUUCGAGCCCAGAACCCAGCAGGCGUACGUGUGUGUGUUGGUGCGUAGCCCAUAGACGUCACACGCUCACGCACACAAAUAAAGAGAGCGGAGCCUCACUAUUUACUUUGAUCACCACGUAGUUAACUAGCUAAUACUAGUGAUUACGCACUAAGGCGCCAUGGACGGAAACAAGGACGAGGCCCAGCGGUGCAUCGACCUCGCGGUCCAAGCGCUCACCGCGGGCAAAAUCGAAAAGGCCGAGAAGUUCCUUCUCAAGGCGGAGAGGCUCUUUCCCACGGAGAAUGCCAAAAGGCUGCUUGCCCAAGUGAAGAGCACUUCGAGCAACGGAAGCAAUGGCAAAUCCCGUACAGCGGCUGCCAGCGAUGAGAAGGACAGCGGGCCGAGGAAACGUGUGAACUCUGAUUCCCGCUCCAGUGCCCCAGAUUACACCAAUGAUCAGUUGGAGGCUGUGCGAAAGAUCAAAACCUGUAAGGACUACUACGAAGUGCUGGGCGUGAGCAAGACGGCCACUGACUCGGAGAUCAAAAAGGCCUACAAGAAGCUGGCUCUGCAAUUGCAUCCUGACAAGAAUAAGGCUCCUGGGUCCGUGGAGGCUUUCAAGGCUCUCGGCAAUGCUGCUGGCGUACUUACGGAUGCCGAAAAGCGCAAGAACUACGACCUGUAUGGCAUCAAUGAGUCGCACAAUGGUCACGGCAACAACGGUGGCGGACACCAUGGUCACGGUCAGUACUACAACAACGAGUAUGGAUAUUCGCGUGGAUUCCAGGCUGACAUCAGUGCCGAGGAGCUGUUCAAUAUGUUCUUCAACGGCGGAUUCCCACAGCAGAAUGUCUACAUGCGGCAGCAGCGACGUCGUCAGCAGGCUCGCGAGGAUCGAGAAGGUAACAACUCUUCGGCCUUGGUCAACUUGCUGCCCAUCUUGCUGCUCAUUGGACUCUCCAUGAUGUCGUCCUUCUUCAUCUCGGACCCAAUGUACAGCUUGACGCCCUCUCAUAAAUAUUCGGUGAAGCGUGAGACAAACUCCCUGAAGGUACCAUACUACGUAAAGGACAACUUCUAUUCAGAAUACCAGGGAUCCGUGGCCCGAUUAGAGGAAUCCGUGGAAGAGGACUUCGUGAAUCAUCUAAAACACUCCUGCAGUCGAGAGCGGAAUUAUCGCGACUCAAUGCUGGCCAAGGCGCGUACCUUUGGCGAUCGGGACCUGUACAGAAAGGCGCAGAACAUCAACACGCCGUCGUGCGAGAAUCUGCAAAAGUAUUUAAUCACAUAAAUUAGUUAAUGCUAUCACACGAAAAGCUAAUCCUCAAAUCCACCAUUUUAAACCUUAACUGGGUUGUAGUUACUACAUACUUUGCUUUAGUUGUUAUAAAUGAAUUUCAUUGUCUAUUUUGUUUCAUAAUUUAUAUGUCUAUUUAAAUACCUACCCUCUCUCCCCCACACAAAACGAACCGGAAACGGAAACGCAUAGAGCUGCUAUGAGGCAUCAGAUUUUCCCUAAUAACGUUUGGUAGCACGAUCCAUCGAUCGGCAUUUUCAUUUCCAUAGAAAGCAAUCGGCAAUAUGUGAAAGCGAAGCAAACGCAACUGCCAAAAAGUCAUAUUUACGAGUAUAAGUGGGCGGCUGAGACGAAGGACUCUUGUUUUUUCAUUUAGCAAUCGGAUAACUAUAAACAUAAAUUAUACACGGAUACGCAUGAUCACAUAUUGAUAGUCAAAUUGUCAACGGUUUUUUCUUAAGGACACGAACGCAUGGGCAGUGGCGAUACUCUGAAUAAAAUUGCAAGUUAUUAUAAAUCCAAAA